AUGGAUUCUAGCAGGAAACCACAUGGGGUAUCGACCGGAAUCGACCUCGCGGCCUUCGAACGGGAUGGGUUUGUCAUUGUCGAUGAUGUCCUUUCUCUGGACAUGUUAGAGGCUGCCAAAGAGGCCUGCGAGAUAGCAGUAGAGAAAGGUAGAAAGGAAGAAUGGCCGCAUCGGCGAAUUGUCGGCAAAGCGUUUCCUCCAUGGCCGCCAUCGGGUCCUGAUAUCUGGGGCAUCCAACAUCUCAUGCAUCCCGAUCUCAAACUUCCUAUUUUCAAACAGAUAUAUACCGACCCAAAACUCCUUUCUACAGCCUGUGCCAUCCUCUCCUUACCCUCGGCCGAAAAUCUUCAAUUGGAGCUCUUCAAUCUUCUAAUUAACCCACACACGACUCCGUUCUCCCUACCGUACCACAGGGAUACUAUUCCUGCUGCAACCCUUCCAGAGGAAGAGGCAAAGUUGUUGACCCGGCCUCGUACCGGUACACAGUAUAAUCUGGCAUUAUAUGACGAUGCCUGUCUGAUUGUCGUCCCAGGUUCGCACAAGCGACCGAAAACGGACGAAGAGGUCACAACGCUUAAGAAGAAUGAGAAAGCGCCAUUGAAGGAUGAGAUAAGGGUAGUUUUAAAGCCUAAUCAAGCAGUGUUUUAUGAGAAUGAUAUCCUGCACCGUGCGGAGUAUGAUACUAAAAAACGAGUGACACUCCAUGGAAGCCUGGGGAAGGAAGGACAGGUUGGGAGAGCGAGAAUGGUGUUGCAACAUGGUGUUGAAUAUCUUCAAGACAAUAAUUUCGCGGAAGAAAUGGGCGACACGGGGAAGAGAAUGUGGAGAAAUCUCAUUGACGGAUACGGGAAGAGUAUCGAUAAAACGAACAUUCAUGAUAUUUAG